AGCACUAAUGAAAGCCUAUGAAAAUAAAAUAAAAAAACUGACAGAAGAAUUGGAGGCUAUUAAAGAAGCGAAUAAAACUGAAGCAGAAGAAACUUCUCAUAGUCAAGAUGUGAAAAAUAUUCCUUUUUCAUUAUUUGCUUCUAACAUAGACAAUUUAUUUCAGAAAACUCAACGCCGAAUGACUUGGGGUGGAUCUUCAAACAUAGACAGCUCAGAAACGGCAUGUAAAAUUUCUCAUGAUUGGUUAAAAUAUAUAGAAAUACUGGCAAUGGAAGAAAUAAAGAAUAAUUUACUCUCAAAAGGUCAAGACACAUUUUUCUGUAUGAACCCUUUUCCUGAUGUCAAGUCUUCUCUAGUUCCUAAAACACUGAUACAUGCCUCAACUCAAACAAAUGUCUAUGAAACAGAUGUUCUUUUGGAAAAUGUAGUUUUUCCAAAUGCAGUAUCAUCCAAUAGCACUGAUGAUAAAGUGAUAAAUAUUGUUCCAUUUUCUUCAUGUCAUGCUACUCUUGGUGCAUAUGAUGACAUUUCGAAUGUUAGCCUAUUAUAUGAAGAUCAGGUGAAAUCUGAAUUUUAUUUACAGAACCAAAAGAAAAUGUUAACAUUUAUUGAGUCUAAGAUAAAGCAAAAUAAAACUUUAAAGAUCAUUCAAUGUGAAAAUAUUAUUAAAUAUGUGCAGAAAGUUUUGCAAUUGUUUAGUACAAAGCAAAAUUAUGACAAAAAUGCUAUUUUAGAAACUGAUUCAUUCCAUAAAGAGUUUUGGUUCUUUAUUAUAUUUUUAAAAAGUUUGUUUCCUGAAUUACUUAAUAAUUCUAUAUCAUUCUUUCACGAAUACAUUCCUGAAUUCUUAGAGAACAAUAUUCCAGAGCUACUAUUAAACAAUUUCAGUGUAAGUAGAAUAGACAUUUUGAAAGAAUUAAAGUAUUUAAAUUCAAACUUUUAUUUUAGAAAAAUAUUAGAUAAGAAAUUUGCAAAAGCAAAUCAGUCUAAAAUUCAGGACAAAUUGGAAAGAAUAAUUAGCCAUUCAUGUGACGAUGAUCUCAAAAUUAGUGAUUCUUUCACCAAUUUGAGUUUAAUGUCAUCCACAAAUAAUCAGGCAAUUUCUACUGUAGUCAAUUCUUUUGAUUUAAAUAAAUGCUUAGGUAUAGAAGAUUUAUUUGAGUGUCAGUCUUGCGUCACAAAUGAUGAGGUCAUGAAAAAACUUCAAGAACAAAUUCAGCUUCAACAGGAUACUAUAUCACAUUUGAUGUACCAAUGUGACAUAAAAAAUAAACAGAUAUCCAUAUUGAAAGAAAAAGAACAAAUAAAAGAUCAAAUUAUUUUAUCUUUACAAAAUGAAAUUGCAUUAAGAAAUGAUAAAAAUAAAGAAAUCUGUAAAUUAAAUUUGAAUGAAACUGUUACAGAUGAGCUUAAGGAAAAUUUUUUUCACACUGAUAAAUUAAAUAUAAAUGAUGGUGCCAUACUUCAACCAAUAGUUAAAAAAGAAUCAUGUUCUCUUUUACAUCAGUGCUGUAGAUGUGAACAUAAUUAUUUCGUGUGUAAAAUGAAAUGCUGUGUUGAAAACAAUCAUUCUAAAACAAAGUUUGAUGCUGUAGAGUUAAAACUGGAUAAAAUGUAUACAGUUAAUAAUGCUAGCCAAAAUAUUAUUGUACCAAAAAGGGAUUUUUCAUCUGUCUGUGAUCCAGUGUUAAUAAGAACACCUGAAACUAAUGAUAUUAUUUUAAAAGACAUUCAGAAUGAAAUAUGUUCACCUUCCAAAAGAUGCAUUGCAAAGAAAUUUGUUUCAGAUGCAAUAAGUUCCCAAGAAGAGAAUUUGCCAUUUCAGACUGCUGAUUUUGACUUUCCUAAAAUAAAUAAACAUUUUAGAAAGCUCAUCAUAGUAAAUAAUGAUGAUGAUAGCAAUGAUGUUAUUUCUUUAAGGAAUGAAAUGUCCCAUUUAAGAAAAAUGUUUUUCAGACUGAUAGAAAAAAACACACAGAAUGCAGUAUUUAUGAAUAAGGAAAAUUCAGGCUUAGGGCAUGCAAAAAAUAUAUCAUUUUAUAAUGAUAAUAUUAGUGACUUUACUGUGUUACAAGAAGUGUUUCUAAGAGUUGACUGUUUCCUUAAAAAUCUUCAAAAAUCUGCUUCUGUAAAUAAAGGUUUAAAACAAGCAGCUGAAGAGGUUAUAUCGUUAAAAAUUGAACUCUUAGACCUGCAGAAGAAACUACAAGAAAAAGAUACUCUACUUUUCAGUGCCAAUAAAAAGCUUCUGGAUCUAAAAAGAAGUAUAAUACUCUUGAAGUAUACUUGUCAGUCAUCAAAAUCUGGCAAAUCAAAAAUAUUAAAUCGUGGAAAAUAUGCAAAGGAUAUUUCCUUGAAGGCUAGACAUUUGAAUCCUGUACGAACUAUUGAUCGAUUACAUAAAAUGGUUUCUGAACUAUUUUCUUUUUUUGAAAAACAAGUUUUAUCUUUGUCAAUUAUUUCUACAGAAUUGGAAGAAACUGAGGCAAGACUUUUAUGUUCAUUAAAAGAUCUAACAUUAGAUACUAUAUUAAAUGAAGAAAGUUUCUCAGAUUCAACAAGUUCCUCAAUAAAUGACAAGAAAGUACUUGAGGUGGAUACUGUUGGUUUAGUCUCUUCUAAAGAUUCUGAAACUGAAAAAAGGAAUCUUGCAAGUAUGAUUUCAAAUAUAAAGUCAAAUAUAGUGAAAGUGAGCAAAGCAUCUAGCCACAUAGGAAAACUGUUUGAAUGUAUCAAGUCUUCUUACAGAAAUAAAAUUGAAAGUCUGGAAUUAAUGCAUGAAGAUGAUAAACUCAAAUGGAAUACUAAAAUUAUGGAAAAAAUAGAAGAACUAGAAGAAAAAUAUGAGCAAGAAAUUACUGAUCAAGAGAAUGAAUUAUUUGGUAUAAUGAACACAAAACUCAAUAAUAUGAAACAAAAAUUUGCCCUUGCUGAAAAAGAGAAGGAGCAGCAAUUUAAAGAGCAGAUGGAUAAGAUACAAAAAGAGUACUCUGAGCAAAUAUUAGCACUUAAAGAAGAGCACUGCAAAAAUAUAUCUGAUUUAGAGAAGAAACUGUAUAAAGAAGUGGAAGAUAAAAAAGAGAUGCAAGAUAAAUUACAUAAAAUUCAGAAAAGCGAAAUAAUGGUUUUAAAAUUGUCCAACAAAUUAAAAGAUUUUAAAAAAGAGGAGGAAAACAUAAAGAAAUUAAAUAAUUAUUUUAAACAAAAAAUAAAAUUGCAGUUGGUCGAGAUUGAAAAGCUAAAAACACAACUCAAUGAAUGUCAUAAAAAAUAUUUUAGCCAUGAUGCAAAUUCUCUGUCAUCAUCAGAAAAUGAAAACAACAGCAAGGGUCAGUUUAAUAAGUUACAAACUUCUGAACCGGAGGGUAUUCAGCCUGCUGUUUCUACAGGCAACUUAUGUUUUGAAACAGAUAAUUUAACGAAAAAGCUCAAGUAUGAAUUAGAUCAGAAAAGAGCUAAAAUAAUGUCUUUAGAAACUAAUAAUGCAAGUAUGGUAAAAGAAAUCAUGAUGUUAAAAAAUAGAAUGAAAAACAUGCAGCAACAUCAAUGUGGUUGUUCUCAAAACCUCAAAGGAUUGGAAAUUCCAGUUCCACCCAAAGAAGGAUAUUACGCUGAGAAGGAAAAACAUGGGACAGGAAUGAAUAAAAAGUUUGACAAGCAAAAGGAAGUCCCAUUACCUGCUGAACUGCGGCACUUUUCUUCAGGAGAUAAUAACCAAUGUAAAAAGCAGAAAACUGAAUGUGAUGCCAAAACCAAGCAGUCUGUUGCAAAAGAAGCAGAAGUCGUUUUGGAUGAAAUGGGAGAAUUACAGUGUAAACAACAGUAAUUUCAUUACACAGAUUUUAUGUAGAAUAUUCUAUAUUAUCAAAAAUAAUAAAAAUGCAAUUAUUUUAUGUAUUAAA